AUGUUAUGGCAUAGACCAUCGAAUCGCUACACCGUAUCACCCACAAACGAGUGGGCAGGUGGAGCGUAUAAAACGCCUAUUGGAACCACGCCAUAUCGGUUGGUCUAUGGAAAAGGAUGUCAUUUACCUGCUGAGCUUGCUCAUCAUACGUUAUGGGCGGUAAAAGAAGUUAACAUGAAUUAUGAGAGUGCAGGUAAAGCAAGGAAGUUGUCAUUGGGAGAGCUUGAAGAAUUGAGGGAUGAAGCAUAUGAGAGUGCAAUGGCGUAUAAGGAUAAAGCCAAAAAGGUGCACGACGCGAAGCUACGACUACAGAAGUUUGAGGUGGGACAGAAGGUAUGGUUAUUCAAUUCUAGACUGAAAUUGUUUCCAGGUAAGUUGAAAAGCAAAUGGAUGGGGCCGUAUCUGAUCACGCGGAUCGGGAAGUACGGAGACAUAGAGAUCGAAGAUUUUAAUGACCAUUUGAGGCAAGUUGUGAACGGACAUAGGCUGAAACCGUAUUUGGAAGCAAAUGAUAUCAACGGACCCGAUAAACAGUCGGAGUGCUUCGUGUUAAGCACUUUGGUCCAUGAUUCAGAAUAA